AUGGCAACAGCUACAGACCGGAAAGCCUCAGUAGCAACAACUGCUCGCAAAGGAUCUCUGGCCAGCAGUGCGGUUGCGCUCACCGAGUCUGGGGCCGUCCGAUCGUCUACUCGAUAUUCCGAUGAAGAAUGGAGGUCCUUCAUCCUACAAGUGGAAGACUCUCUUUCAAUCUCCAACACAUCCUAUCCGUGCCCGGCCAUUGGAAGCCCGGCGUUUGCGAAGACGAUCGAUCAUACACUGCUGAAGCUGGAUGCAAGAGCGGUGCAAUUCGACGAUCUCUGUGCUGAAGCGAGGAGGGAUGGCUUUGCGACAGUCUGUGUACGGCCACAGCACGUUCACAAAUGUGUCGUAGAUCUCAAAGGUAGCGGCAUCAAGGUUGCUAGUGUGGUAGGGUUUCACGAGGGUGCUCAAGAUCUAUAUUAUAAGAUGCAGGAGACGAAGCAAGCACUACAAGCAGGCGCAGAGGAACUGGACAUUGUGCUAAAUUAUGAAGAACUCAAGGCUGGUCUUUUCGCGUCAGUCUACAACGAGCUCGCAACGCUCCGUCUGCAAGCCCCUCACCCGAUCCUACUGAAACUCAUUAUUGAAACCUCCCAACUCGAACACUCCGAAGUCAUAGCCGCCUGCACCAUGGCCGCAGCAGCUAAAUUUGACUUCGUCAAGACGUCCACAGGCUUCAAUGGCCAUGGCGCGCGGGAAGAAGAUGUGCGGCUCAUGGUAGCAUGCUGCGAGAAGCUUGCCGUGGGCAGCAAGAGCGGCAGGAAGAUGCAGGUCAAGGCGUCUGGUGGCAUUAAGACGAUUGAGGAUGCGGUCAAGAUGCUGGAGGCUGGAGCGAGCAGGUUAGGGACCAGCGGAGGGGUGUGGAUUGUUAAGGAAGGGAGGGAGAGUAUUGAGCAGAGUCGGGGUCAGCCAUCGGUGUAUGAGAGGAGAGGGUCGAGGCCGGCAUUGGCAACGAGGUUGUUCACUGACUACUGA